UCAAGAACAGUCCAGAAAAUAAAACGCGGUCGCCGGAGGUUUACAGAAGUUUGUCGGAGCCGAAAAAUGAAAAACAGAAAGAAAAACCGAACAGACAACCAUCAGAAGGAUCAUUAACGUCCGACGACUUUAAAUUUUCUUGGAGGCAACGAAUUUGUUUUAAUCUUCGGUCGUGUUGUUGCUGUGGAAAACCAAUUACUAAGUAGUUUUUAUGCAUUUUUGUCAGUAGUAUAUUUAUUUUUAGAUAAUAAUUUUUUUAAAAUUUGUAAUAUUUUAAUAAAAUAUUUUUAUGUGUAUGUGCAUUUAAAUCGGCUAAUCAUUUGAAUCAAGAUUUGAAUAAUAAAUGCUUCACAUGACAAAAUGUAAUUUCCGAUUGCAUGUUUUCAAGUACAUAGGUAAUAAAUUUUAGUGGGAGUCCCCUGAUAAACAAAAAAAACGUAUAUUAAUAAUAACCGGACAUUUAAUUGAAUUUAAUUAAGAAUUUGAUUAUGAUUUCACAAAGCAUUUGGUAUGUAGGUAGGUAUAUAAUAAUAUAAUAUUUUUACUUUAUCAACCAAUUUUAGUAGUUGACUUGCUUUUCUAACACCGGAAAAGGAAGUUUGUUAAAAGCGAGUCGCCGAUUGAUAAGAAUACGCGACGAAGUGCCGAAAACUACUACAAAAUUCAGAGAUAACUUUUUGAAUGAUCUUCAAGUGUUAGUUCAUUAUGUUUUUUUUUAUAAACAAAUGCUUUGAGUUAUAUUUUACAUACUUGUUUUUGUAACUUAGCUAAAAGAGAAGGAUUGCUGAUGGAAAUUUCCUGAAUUUCAUUUUGUUGAUCAGUGUACUUUCAUUUUAAACAACUUAAGAUAUUCGACUAUGUGCGUACUUUGGUUGUAAACAAACAAGAUAAAAAGCUAUUAAACAGAGCUUUUAUAGACAUUGUUGCUAGCAACAAGCGGCAGCAAUGUUGUGCAACAGCAAUCGCAGCCAAAUGACGAAAGAGCGAGUUGCGCGCUCAGUUUCAGUUCGUGAUUGGAGGCCAAGCUGAGAUGCAGUACAACCAGCCGCCGGUGGGAUCCACAGGCUAUCCCCACCAGAUGCCACCACCCACUUACGAGCAGGUGGUGCACAUGCAGCCCCCAGUUCAAGUGGUUCAUGCAGCAGCUCCGCCACCUGUGGUUAUCAUACAACAUCAAGCUGUACUUCCGGUGGGUCCGGAUCCCAGUUUCAUCACCUGCCCGCAUUGUCAUGUAAAGAAACGGACCCGUGUUGAGUAUUCGCCCAGUGUGAAGACCCACAGCAUGGCCGCCUUGCUCUGUAUAGUUGGCCUCUGGUGUUGCGCGUGUCUGCCGUACUGCGCCACCAGCUGCAUGAAUGCAAAUCACUUUUGCGGCAAUUGCAACAAGUUCGUGGGCGUCUACGCCAGCGGUUAGCCAGCA